AUGGAUAAGGGCAGGUCUCCAAAUCAUGGUAAUGGAAGUUCACUGCCUCCGUUAGGAAGGUACUCUGUUUUUACACCACAUUGUGCAAAGAGGCAAUCAGCCACAAGGUCAAUCAAAAGGAAGAUGAGGUAUAUAGCUAAGCUUGAAAGAAAAAUCCAGGCUUCACAAACAGAAGAAGUGUUCUUGUCUGCACUGUUGCCCCUGUUGCAGAGGGAUACAGAUGACCUUACUGCUCAAAACAGUGAACUCGAGUGGCAGUUGCAAACAUUGGAACUACAAGUGCACUUAACAGAUGCACUGAAUGAAGCACUACAGGAAGAGAUCCGACGUGCUAGAAUGCAGAUAGGUCAGACAAUUGCAAAUGGUGGACCUAUAACAAAUUUUCCUGCGUCUUAUGGAGGUAUCCAGGAAGAUUAUCCUACCAGCAAUGUUAUGAAUAUAGCUGUUCAACAAUUUCAACAGCUCCAGAUACAUUCUCAGAAUCAGGAGCAACGAUCUUCCAUGCAGCCACAGGCUCAAGCCAGAGACAUGAAUCUAAGUUCUGUGCCAUCUCCCAUCCAAGGACACAAUGCUUCUCCAGGCACAUCAUCGGAGGAUUAG